CAGCUGAUCAGUGCCAAGUCGAGGCAAGACCUUAUCCUCAGCGAGAGGACAGCGAGCCUACCUCCCCAGCCACAUCUGACAGACAUGGACCUGAACGCCAAGGCCCGUGAAUGCUCAAUAACCAAGCAGGAUGGAAAAGGCUAUGGAUUUUUCUUACGCAUUGAGAAGGAUGUGCCUGGUCACCUCAUCCGGUCGGUGGAAAGUGGAAGCUCCGCAGAUAAAGCUGGGUUAAAAGAUGGAGACCGCGUCCUGAAGGUCAAUGGGGUCAAUGUGGAUGACACAGAACAUACUAAGGUGGUGGAGAUGAUUCAGGCCAGUGGGACGUCGGUGACUCUGUUGGUUCUGGAUGAAGUUUCUUAUUUAAAUUCCAAGAAAAAUCAAGAGAAUCUGUCCGAGAAUAAAGCACCUCCGGGGAAAGCUGUGUCACCAAAGCCAAGACUUUGCUAUUUGGCGAAAGACAAAGGUUCUUUUGGAUUCUCCUUGAAGACACAAAAAGGGACUAAGGGAUUUUACCUGGAUGCGCUGGCUGCUGAUGGCGUGGCGGUUAAAGCCGGUGUCAAACAAGGAGACCGUAUCAUUGAAGUAAAUGGCAAGAAUGCCGAAUUUCUCAGCUAUGAUGAUCUAGUCAAGCAGGUGAAGGAGUCCGGGGAUUCUGUCAUGUUCCUGGUUGUCGAUAAAGAAACCAGUGAUUAUUACCACAAAGAAAAGAAAAAAAUCACAGCGCAGGAGGCGACCCCACAUCUGCUGCCCAGCCCGCCGCGCACCGUGGAUCUGGAAAAGGCGGCUGACGGCUAUGGCUUUUUUCUGAGGCAGGAGAAAAAUCGUAAAGGUCACUUCAUUGUGGAUAUUGAUCAGAAAAGCUCAGCAUACAAGGCUGGCCUCAAAGACUAUGACCGCAUUGUUGCUGUAAAUGGAGAAUCUGUGGAGAGCUUUGAGCAUGAACAGGUGGCGGAAGCCAUCCAGAAGGGGAACAACAAGACCAGCCUACUGAUCUCAAACAAAGUGACAGAUGAAAUCUAUUCCAAGGCUGGAAUAUCUCCAUUUCUGUACCUGAAAGCUUCAAAGGCUCAAAAACCAACAGAAACUCAACCGGUAAAGCCAUCUCCUGCUCCAGAGGCAAAACCAACAGAAGCACAACCUGCCAAGCCAACCACUACUCAACCUGCAGCCACCAUCUCUUCUCUUGACCCAAAACACAAGCCCAGACUAUGUAAAUUGACAAAGGGCAGCUCAGGUUUUGGUUUUAACCUGAAUGCUAUCAAAGAUGUCCCCGGACAAUUUAUUAAGCAGGUUAAUAAGGGUGGGCCUGCAGAUGUGGCUGGAAUAAAAGAAGAUGACUUCUUGGUGGAGGUCAAUGGUGUCAACGUGGAGAAGGAGGGGUAUGAAAAUGUUGUGAUGAAGAUCAAAGAAGCAGGAGGAAGCAUUACAGUACUGGUGGUUUCACAAGAGGGUUAUGAGCAUUUUAAAGCACAAAAAAUACAAAUUACAUCAUCGAUGGCUGACCCUCUACCUGAAACAAAGAGUCCUCCUUCUAGCUCCGACCAGAAAAAUUCACCUGACAAAACUGAGCUGGUAUCUGAAACAAAAAGUCCUCCUCCUGUAAGCUCUGACCAGAAAAAUCCACCUAACAAAGCUGAGCCAGUAUCUGAAACAAAAAGUCCUCCUCCUGUAAGCUCCGACCAGAAAAAUCCACCUAACAAAGCUGAGCCUGUAUCUGAAAUAAAAAGUCCUCCUCCUGUAAGCUCCGACCCGAAAAAUCCACCUAACAAAGCUGAGCCUGUAUCUGAAACAAAAAGUCCUCCUCCUGUAAGCUCCGACCAGAAAACUCCACCUAAUAAAACUGAGCCAGUAUCUGAAACAAAAAGUCCUCCUCCUGUAAGCUCCGACCAGAAAACUCCACCUAAUAAAACUGAGCCUGUAUCUGAAACAAAAAGUCCUACUGCAAACUCUGACCAGAAAACUCCACCAAGCAAAGCAAGAUCGGUUCCAGAACCCGUGGAAAAGGAAACUAAAACUCCAGCAGAAAAGCCUCCAAAAGACGAUGAUGACACAGCUCUGUAGACACCAAGACCAGAAGAGGUCUCACCUUGGCCAAACAUUAAAUACACUGGAGAAACCGGGCUGUUCUUCAAUUCCAGCUCAGUCAAUGAUACUCUCUGACUAAAGCUAUCCUACCCCUAAUAGAAGAUCCAAGGUCCUAUCCCGGGGGCGAGAGAGUUGGUUAUAUUAUAAUUCCUCAGUCUUGGGUUGAUUAUUUAUGGUCGUCUGGUAAUAAUUAAUCUCGGGAGCAUUGCAACAGUGAAAUAUUUAACUUUUACGACUUGUUUUGUAUCUUCGAGGCUCGGAAAGUAGAGAUUGCUCAAGUUGCGUGCGUGUUGGCAAUGGAAUCAUGCUGAACCGAGCUGAAACUUCUGACCUCGGUAAAAAGUUGUUAAUAAAGUGUAUUGGUGAUUCCGACUGCA